AUGAGUGGCCUUCGAUUCCUCGAUCUCAUCAAGCCCUUCUCGCCGGUCCUCCCUGAGGUCCAGCAACCCGAGACGAAGGUGCCCUUCAACCAGAAGCUGAUGUGGACUGGUUUAACAUUAUUGAUAUUCUUGGUAAUGAGCCAGAUGCCAUUGUAUGGCAUUGUAUCUUCAGACAGUUCGGAUCCCAUAUACUGGCUGCGAAUGAUGAUGGCGAGUAACAGAGGGACUCUGAUGGAAUUGGGUAUCACCCCUAUUAUCUCCUCUGGAAUGGUCUUCCAGCUCCUCGCUGGCACCCACUUGAUUGAUGUCAACCUUGACUUGAAAUCGGAUCGCGAGCUGUACCAGACUGCGCAAAAGCUCUUCGCCGUUAUUCUGUCCAUGGGUCAGGCUACUGUCUACGUCUUCACUGGUCUUUACGGUCAACCAUCUGACCUUGGUGCUGGCAUUGUCUUCCUCCUGAUCCUCCAAUUGGUUGUUGCUGGCUUGAUUGUCAUUCUCCUUGACGAGCUUCUCCAGAAGGGAUAUGGUCUUGGAAGCGGUAUCUCCCUUUUCAUUGCGACCAACAUCUGCGAGUCCAUUGUCUGGAAGGCUUUCUCCCCAACCACCAUUAACACCGGACGUGGACCAGAAUUCGAGGGAGCAGUCAUUGCACUGUUCCACCUGUUGUUCACCUGGCCAGACAAGCAGCGCGCUCUCCAGGAGGCAUUUUACAGACAAAACCUGCCCAACAUCAUGAAUCUGCUCGCCACCCUUGUCGUCUUUGCCGCCGUGAUCUACCUCCAAGGAUUCCGCGUCGAAAUUCCAGUCAAGUCUUCCCGCCAGCGUGGUGCCCGCGGAUCAUACCCAGUCCGCCUCUUCUAUACCUCCAACAUGCCUAUUAUGCUGCAGUCCGCUCUGUCCUCUAACGUUUUCCUCAUCAGCCAAAUGCUCUACUCUCGCUUCUCCGACAACCUGCUUGUCCGACUCUUUGGCGUUUGGGAGCCAAAGGAUGGAUCUGCUCAACUUUUUGCUACCUCCGGUAUCGCCUACUACAUGUCUCCUCCACUGAACUUCACCGACGCUCUCCUCGAUCCUCUCCACACUGCUAUUUACAUCUCGUAUAUGCUUAUUGCCUGUGCCGUGUUCUCCAAGACUUGGAUUGAGGUGUCCGGAUCUAGCCCAAGGGAUGUCGCAAAGCAGCUCAAGGACCAAGGACUCGUCAUGGCUGGCCACAGAGAGCAGAGUAUGUACAAGGAAUUGAAGCGUAUCAUUCCUACCGCUGCUGCUUUCGGUGGAGCUUGCAUUGGUGGUCUUUCCGUGGCCAGUGACUUGAUGGGAGCCCUUGGAUCCGGUACCGGUAUCUUGUUGGCUGUUACCAUCAUCUAUGGCUACUUCGAAAUCGCAGCGAAAGAAGGAGAUGCAGCCGGGUUGAAAGAAUGGUCCAUAUAA